AUGACCGACGACGUCUUCCUCACCUCCCCGCGAAAAGCGCCAGCGCAUCGCCGCUCCGCGACCGCGCUGCGGGCGGCAGAUUCGCAGUCAGGCGGGUUUUCUCUGGCGCAUGAAUUGGCGGUGGCGAUGAUGCCCGAGCCCAGUUCCGGGUCGAAGCUGCUCGCGGAGGAGUUUGGAAUCGAGUUUGACGAGGGGGCAGAGGGUAUUGACGGGGAUGGGGUGCCGCAAAGUGCCGCCACAGAGGAGGGCGGGGCAGAGGCAAUUGGGGAUGACUCGUUUGUGGAAGAGCAGCAACCAGAGUUUGGGGCGGCAGAGGACACACAGUUGGACGUGUCGUUUGGGUCGCCAAUGGCGAGGAAGCAGCCCGAGCAGGAUGCUAUAGAGAUCCUCGCCCAGAAUCUGGAGUCGACAGACAAAUUCCUUUCACAUCUCCGCCAUCUGGAUGUAGACGCCUCGGCCUCCCCUGUAUCGACACAACCUGCCUUAGAGAAACUCGCCUCAGAUGUGAUUCGACGGAUCAAUGAGACCGCCAGAGACCGUGAAGGGCAACUGCGCGAAUUGCUGGAGUAUGACCGCGAGUUUCGACGGAUUGCGGGGGAGGUUGGUGGGCAGGACGUACUUGGCCGGCUGGAAGAGCUGCCAUCGACGGAGGACAGCGAGCCAGAACCGUCCUCUGCUUUCAAACUGGGAGCAAUACCAGAAGACGAACCGACAAGCGCCUCGCCCACACGACCCACCCACUUACGGGCAAUGUCGCAAGAGUGGGAAACAGACCCCGAUGCCGAUAUGGACCCCGCUUUCGCACAACAUAACGACGAGCCGGAUGAUGACGACGAAGUCAAUGCCCCCGCCUCACCCACCCCUGGCCACACAUCGUUUGCCCCUCCAUCCCGAACUCAAGCGCCUCCUUCUGCUGCAGCCCAGCUUUCUGAGCUUCGCGGUCUAACAACCUCACUUGUGGCCUCUCUUACAAGUGUCUCUGAACACGCACAAGUCAACGGUGCGGCAACUGCCGAUGCAGGUCGGAAGCUUCGCGCAUUGCGAAACCGCCUGGGCGGCUGGAGGACAGAAUGGGAGGGUGCUGAACGGAGCCGGGUCAAGAUCGAGCGAUGGGAGAUGGAAGAGGGCGGGAAGCGGGUCGAUGGCCGGGAGGUGGUAAAAGACCACCUGUCUGCGUUUGAACGCGCGUUGGCCGACGCGGCCGUGAAAACUCAAGCGAUAAUGGCGGCUUCGUAG